AUAGAAGUAGAAGCUGCGAAAAUGGCGAAGGCAAUGUAUUUGGAACAUUAUUUGGACAGUCUGGAGUCGCUCCCUGCAGAAAUGCAAAGGAAUUUUAAUCUGAUGCGAGAUUUGGAUCAAAAGUCUCAAGAUCUGAUGAAGAAAAUUGAUAAAGCUGCCACGGAUUACCUGAACAAAGUUCGACACAUGUCACCGGAGAAAAGAACCAAUCAACUGAACCAAAUUGAGUCCAUGUUCAGCAAAAGUCGAGAGUUUGGCGACGGAAAAGUCUCACUGGCCAUGCAGACUUAUGAGAUGGUGGACAAACACAUCCGCAAACUAGACGCGGAGCUGGCACGCUUUGAGGCGGACAUCAAGGACAAAAGUAGCGGCCGGCAGAAGGAGACGGCGGAGGGGAAGGCAGCGGCCAAGAAAAAGGGGGAAAAGGACAAGAAAAGGAGGAAAAACAACAAAGAGGAGUUUGAUGAUGAAAUACCCAAGAAAAAGAAGAAAAAGGGAGCCCAGGCUGAGGAAGAGAUUGAGAUCGGCACCAUCAGUCCUUUCCCGCUGUCGACCCAUCCCUCGGACGUUUUGGACAUGCCCGUUGAUCCCAACGAGCCGACGUACUGCUUGUGUAAUCAGGUGUCGUACGGGGAGAUGAUUGGCUGUGAUAACCUGGAUUGCCCCAUCGAGUGGUUCCACUUUGCCUGCGUCCAGCUCAAGACCAAACCCAAAGGGAAGUGGUACUGCCCUCGGUGUCAGGAGGAGAGGAAGAAGAAAUAGCACACCCCGUCUGCUCUCUGGUCAUCGAUAUAAUAUCCACGUUCCGGAACGCUGCGUUCUGUAUAUAGACACUGUAUAUUUAUCUGUACAGGCCUCGAGGACUGGCUCUUGCGGUGUAGCCAUUAAGGUGGCUCACUGUCGUACCCAGAACACCCCGAGUUCAAUUCCUGAGUGGGGGGAAAUUUUUAUCAAACAACUCAGUCUUUCUGCUGGUGUGUUGUGUAUCCCUCUUGGCCCAGGUCGGCCCUGACAAACAGGGUACGAAGCCUACUUCCUAAAUGAACUAAAUGGUGUCGAUCAAGGCGUAAAAGCAUGUGUACAUUAAAAUUUUCAGUGCGUUUAAGGCUUGGGGGGGGGGGGGGGGGUUAAUUGAAAUGUUUGUGACUUGUGUGUGCCAGCACACCGAGGCUAUAACAGCCAGGGAUGUCAAAUCUCAGGGUUUUUUUCAUACACUUGCAAAGGAAAAUGGAGAGGUAAGAGAGAUGUUUUUGUGUGCACAUUUAAAAACUUAACAUGGUUCAUUUUAGGUGAUAUGUUAUGCUCCGCUCAUUUUCAGGUGGGGUUUUUUUUUUUUUCAAAAAUAAUUUGACAUCCAGGAACAACUCUAAGUCAUUCCGGGUGCAUGUUUGUCUGAGUGUGAGGGUCUCUAUUUAAGGGUGAGGGGAUGGGGGCGUUGUUUGCAAUUUUACUCCAUGGGUGUGUGCGUGUACUGUUGUAAGUGGUGUGGUACGUUAAGGCCUUUAUGUCAUGUUUAUGUGAGAACUGUUUGAAUGUACGCCCAUCCCCCACAACUCUUACUCAUGAAAAGUAACCAGACAGACUGAAGUGGAUUGUUGCGACACCAACAUAUGCGGCAGUUGUUGUGAUUUGGAACAAUACGAGUGUGAAAGUUAUUUGUUUCCGCGUAGGGCCACUUCUGUGGAAGUGAUGUCUGGUACGUGCUGCAGGGUGUGAGAGCGACAGUUGAAUCAGUAUUACGUUGUGAAGAGAGGAACCUGUAAAUUGGUUCCGUUGUUUUAAAUGAGAUUUUGGUGGUUUUAUGGGCCAUGGGAUGGUCGUUGUAUAUGGGCAAGAGACAGAUAUUAAUUGAAUAUAUUGUUUGUGAGCUGUUCAAAUGUACUGGGCCAAGAAAGCAAAAUUGUUGAGGAGAGAGAACUGUUUCAUUCUUUUAGCAAAUGAACUGACAUGAUGGAAAUUUUUUUAAUUGCUCUUUUUAAUGCAUGUCUUUAAAAUUUGAAUUUCGACAAAAUAUUUCUCAUGCAAAUGCAAUCAAUGAAGGAUUCAGGUUAAGAAACAGCAAAAGAAAAUUCAAAAUUUUGUGCCUAGUACACGGGAACAGCUUGCUGACGGUGUGGAAUAUUUUGUACAAAGUUGUAUACAGUGUACAGAAAAAAGAUGUUUUAACUCAACACAAUGUGAUCUUACCGUUUGUCUCAAAAGCGUACGCAUCUAUCAUUGGUAUUAUUAUGCUGUGUUAUACUGUCACUCAGCCGUGUACCCUGAAGAAAUAGAUUUUGUAAAAAAAAUUUUUGGGGCAUUGUUCUGAAACCAUUGCCGAGGUGUAGGAGGAUGUGGGCCCUUUAUAACAACCAGGAGUCAGAAUGUUACUAUAAACAGUAUAACGUCUCUGUGGGCCAGCUUUGGUGUCUUCUCUCGUCUUCUUAAUCAGAAGCUUAUGUUUUUAAGAGGGGGGGGGGGGGUGUUGGUUUGCGUAAUGAAAAAUUUUCUAGAAACAUGGUACGUGGUUCAAGGAUAACAGCAUUGACAUUUAAUUGCCUGGCUGGUGUCUGCUGUUGCUAAUUGUGAGAAGGGCUUAGAACCUCUGGCAGUGUUUGUGGACAAAAAGGUGAUUUUAGGCGAGAUGUACGUUUUAUCUAUUUUUAGCUGUUGUAUGUGUAUAUGGUUGGUGAACGUGAGAUCGGAGCUGUAGUCCGGAUGAUUUUUUGAGGCAUAUAUGUGUGUGUGCAUGUUUGCACCUGUGUGUGUGUGUGAGUGCGCACUCGUUUGCGUCUGUGUGAGUGUGUGUCUUGGUACAAUGGUCCCCGGCUAGAACAAGGCUGACUUGAUAUCGCUGUUACAGCCGAAGCCUAUUAUUAUUAUAAUGCGAUAAUCAAGUUUAUAAUGUAAUUGAUGAUUAACCUAUGAGAUCACUUUUAUUUCAUGGAUUACCCACAACCAAUUUGUCGGUUAUUGCUGCUUUCUUCUCCAGCGAGAAAUUAUUUUUUCCUCAUCUUCAUCUUCGUUUUUCUAGCAUCUUCCUAUGGAAGAUCUGUUUUACUGUAGAUUUUUUUAAAGACAUGGGAUUUGGGGAUUUUUUUCUGAGCCUGCUGGAAUUGUGGAAUCCUGUUCUAACUGACACUGUUAUACUUAUAAAUAUAUAAGUGGGGCCCUCUGUAACUGAGAGACAGAAGAGUGAUAAAACUGGCGACAGUUCACAGAUCUUGUUGUGACUGCUAAAUUUGUGUACUCAUUUGUACCGCUUUUCUUUCCCUCAGUUGUUUCAGCCUGUCUGUCUGUCUGUCUGUUUUUACUUAUUUCCAUGCACUAAAUAACCAUUAUUGUGUCGGUGUGCUUCUCUUAACUGCAGCUGAAAAAAUUGUCAGGGGAAGAAAUAUGUUUUCUUUGUUGUAUAAAUUGAAGAAAUA